CAACAAAUAUGGUAGCAACGAGCAGUGAAAUUGACGUGGUUAUGAGGCUAAUUGAGCCUACGUUAAUGUAGGGCGAAGAUUUAUUGCUUAUUUCGGCGUUCGUUCUUUUCUUAAUGCUGUAAACAUGACUUCAAACAACCCGUCUGUAUUUCUGCUGAUGGUUAAUGGACAGAUCGAAUCGGCUUAUUUCCCAGAAUAUGAUGAUUUAUACUGCAAGUAUUGCUUUGUGUACGGACACGACUGGGCCCCUACAGCAGGAUUGGAGGAGGGAAUAUCUCAAAUAACAUCAAAAGGAAGGGAUUCCUCUCAGACUCUGGUGUGGAACUUUCCUGUGGACAUCACUUUUAAAAGCACCAACCCAUUUGGUUGGCCUCAGAUUGUUGUCAGUGUGUAUGGACCAGACACAUUUGGAAAUGAUGUGGUACGAGGGUAUGGGGCCGUGCAUGUUCCCAUUACUCCAGGAAAACACACAAGGACAAUUUCCAUGUUUGUUCCUGAGUCUACAUCAAGACUGCAGAGAUUAACAAGCUGGUUGAUGGGCAGACGUCCAGAGUUUACAGAUCCCAAGGUCGUUGCCCAGGGAGAGGGCAGGGAAGUAACCAGGGUGCGCUCUCAAGGUUCUGUGACUCUACAGUUCAACAUCGUCACCAAGGACAUGAAAAAGCUGGGCUAUGAAGUUACACCCACAGAACAAACACCAGCUCCACGACUGGCAGGAACAGAGCAGCUCUACGGAAUGAGAUAGCAGUUGCAUACUUUAUGAUCAUUCACAGAUGUAACUUGGUUGAUAUAUUUAAAAUGCUUUUGAUGGACAAUUGUUAAUAUUUGUAUUUUUUACUUUGUGAUAAGCAUUUGUCAUGGAAAAGUUUCCUGAAACAUGUUUUAAACAAUUACUAAUGCAACAUCAUGGCACAGCUGAGGAGUUUGCUAACUGCCCUGUUCUGUAUGGUGUGUUAUGUUGUUACACUUACUGAGUGGGAAUAGAAAUGGCAGAACAACCUGACUAGGCCUAUUCUAAAGUACAGAUACAUUAAAAGUGCUUGUUGUAGCCACAUGGGUGUUUUUUGUCCUUAUUCUAUAAAAUAAAUUAAGCAAUCUUUUUUUAAUGGCAUGCUAGGAAUGUGCAGCUGUCUGGAUUUGUUUGGAUGUGGGGGUUGAGUAAACAGAAUUCCAAAUGGUUUUCUGCUUCUCUUGCAGACCACAGCCUACAACAAUAAUAAAUUCUACACAAUGUAUAA